AUGACAAAGACCUACAAAUGGUGCUGCGGCACGAGCACUACCGGCUGCACGGCUUCGAACGGUGUCGAGACGGCGGAUGGAUUGACGGUAUACCAAUCCAGUCCAGACGGCCACACACGCACCACGCUCCUUUGGUAUCUCUCUCAGAGCAGUCGUUCCACGGAAACAUUACCAUCAUCUGGAGGAAGAUUUCAGGUCUCGGAUCGGCAAAAUAGGAUCUCAACAGAGCACCAGUUGUCCCUGGUAUCAGUCGAUGUCGGCUCAGACGGAGCAAUCUCGUCAUUGACCUGGAAAUUCUUCCUGAAAGAUCGCAAGCCACCCUACCUCAACUUGCAUAGUGACGCGCAAUGGCUUCAGCAGCAUGCGCUUCCAUCAGACUCUCAGUCGAGGUCGCUCCAGGCUAAUGACCUUGACGACUACGGUUUACAAAGCGUAUCUCCCUGGUUCCCUUCUAAUGGAUUUCACGACAUUACAUCUUCUGAGUGGACACCUGAGAGUCUACUUGAUUUCGAUGCAGUCGACGGUAACGAGGCCACGCUUGCUACCACAGCUGCAUCGCCUUUGGUAUCAAAGACAAAUUUACAAUAUCCUACUUCGGCCGUCAUCGAGGAGGACAUCAUCGACUCUUCCGUACUUCACUGCGAUGGGAUUAUGCCAACUACAGCCGACUUCUUCGGACUAGACAUUGGCUCAGGUUACGGACCCUCCUUGGAGGUCUCCCAGGAAGUGCUUAACCGGGCACAGGAAAACCUACGAAAGUGGACAGACAUAUCAUCAAGUGCAGCAUCAACAUCUACCUUGUCAACAACCAGUCCUGAUGAUUCAUGUCAAUUCGACUUAUUGAGCCAAUUGACAGCCACCCCACCCAACAGCCAGCAAAUGUCUUCAAACGUGACUGCUCCUCGAUCCGAACAGCAAAACUCACGUGCGUCCUCACCAGGAGAAAGCACUACCAAGAUGGGUGUCCUUCACAAAUCACAAGGCACAGCGCCUUCCAAAGUCCAAAAGACCUUCCACUUUGUUGCAAACUCAGACAAGAAGACUGCUACACGUCUGCGAAAUACUAUGACAUCUCGAAACUUGAGGCAAAGCAAGAUCUCGAGAAUCGCGGAGCUAGAACGCGAGCUCGAGAAGCAGAAAGAGGAAAGUGAGCUGUGGCGUCGACGGGCACUUGAAGCAGGCUGGCAGGACGGUGGGACGGGGUAG